GCGGGGUUUUGUCCUGGGCUGCCCGUUCCAUCCCAGCCGCUCUCAAGAUGGCGGAGCCACCUUCAUCCCGCUUCAAGUACAAGCCCGCACCCCUGUUCCCGCUCCCGCCGCAGUUGGACCCGGCCACUUAUGACAAUUCGCCGGAGAAGCGCGCCGCCGAGGCCGAGCGCAUGGCCAUCCGCUCCCGCCUCAAGCGCCACUACAUGCUGGAGGUCAACAAUCCCCACCGAACCAUCAUCGAUGACCCUGCUGUGACUCGUUGGGUUUAUGCCAGAAUGUACAACCCCUAUCCAAAUUUCCGUGUCACCCCAAAAACUUCACUACUGGGAGCUGCUUUUGGACUAGGGCCCAUUUUUUUCUGGUGGUAUAUCAUCAAAACGGACAGGGAUAGAAAAGAAAAGCUCAUACAGGAAGGCAAGUAUGAGCGACCGUUCCCUAUGGUGUAUUAAGUGUACCUGUUUCUGAAGUGGCUUGUACUCUGUCUCUCACAUAUUUCAAAAUAAAUCUCAGUUUGAAACUGGUUUGUUUCCUUUGCA